UGACAACAGCCUUAGCCGCCCAUUGUUUGCAUGUGCAUAGCCAGCUAGAAGGUCAUUUCAAAAAUCAACCCUAUGCCUCCCUGAGAGACUCAUCGUUACACGAGGCUUCCGAGAUGGCGAGAAGGCUGUCGGCCAUUUUUACCUCAGGCUUGGGCUUGGAGGACAAGCACAGCUCUCCAACAGCAAACUCUCCUGGGAAAUCGUCGCCCUCAGAUGCCUCUCGGUCAAAGUCACCUAGCAAGCUGUCGAAGCAAGCUCCAGCAUAUAAUCAGGCUCGACGGCCAUCUGGUCAGCAGUUCUUGACGCCUUCACUAGCCGAGCCAACUCUGCCGAACCUGCAAACAUUACAGCAGGAUGCUGCGGCCAAUGGCGACGCUAUAUUGAUGCCUCCGCCAUCCAUUACUGCUUCUGGGUAUCACUCGAGAAACAAUUCCACGGACCGGUCGAGGCCUGGAACUCCGGGCGGACUGAACCCCAGCAGACCAAUGACUCCAGUACUCAAUCUUCCCGAUCAACCGCCCAUCACGCCCGUCUCCACAGGAAGAACAGAUAACAAUUCGACCGAGAAGAAGGAGAAGAAGCAUUGGUGGAACAAGAAAGACAAAAGAGACGAUGCGAAUCGAGGGCCGCUUGCGUGGAUCGCUGGACAUCCGCAGAGACUGCCAUACGAUGUCGAGGGAUUGAUGCAAGGACGACCGAUGCAGGAAUUGUGGAACAAUGAAGAUGGAAAUUGCUUGGUAUAUCUGUUCCCCAGAACAUCCGGAAAGGCUGCAUCGUUCAAAGUCGACUCUGCUGUGUUCGGCUCCUCGCCAGUCUUGACAAAACUGGCUUUUGGAGACAUCUACAGUAACGAUGCUGUUCGCGGAAUGGCAAAUUCCAGCUCAACUUCCUCGCACGACUCUCGGGGGCGAUAUUCGAACUUUUCAGACGCUCAGGAAUCCCAUUUAUACUUGCCAAUCAAGCUUAGUAGCGACAGUGCAGUUCAGACUCCGACGCCGCCCCAUUCCAAGAAGGAUGGGGAAGGUUCAGACUUCGAAGAUCUGCAAACUUUGGUUGACUACCGCAAUUUCUUUGCUUUCUUGUGUGGUCAAUCUCUUGUGGCUACUGAAAGGAGGAGUUCUUUUUUUGCCAUUUUCAUGACGAUUGCCGGCAUCUUGAAGUCCUUCCAAUUCACGAAUGUUGAUGGCUCCACAUUCGGCGAAGCUGCAAACUCCAGCUUCGAAGCUUAUGUCGAAGAACUUGGUCUCGCAGAUGUCCGCACGAGCCGGGAGAAGACCAUCGAGGGAAUCAUUUUGGGAGAACGGUUGAAGAGUGUGUCCCUCUACAACGAAGCGUUCACGCAUGCAGCUGGCAAGCAUCAAGAUCUUCUGGCUCUCAAGAGUCCAAAGUUCAACAUGAUCUCGCCUGUCACGCAGAACCGACUUACACGAGCAGCCAUGGAUCUCGACAAACGUGUUGCGUCGCUUAGAUUGAUCAUGACUGAUUUCGAGUUUCCAUUUCUGUUCUCCGGCAUCAUGAGCUCCAAAACAUCCAUAGAGCGGAAAGAGGGGGUCCGAUUCGAUGCAUGGAAAGAACACUUCCUGGGGAUGCGCAAAUUCACGCUUGGCCUUCUGAAGCAGAGGUACGGUGACUGGCCGCCAAAGGCGAGCAGUAAGAAGAACACUUUGGAAACCUCUGGUCUUAAUCGAAUAGUACUCCGGGAACUCUACAGCGAUCUAUCGUCUUUAUAUGAUCUUCUUGUGGAUCGGAACAAUUUGACGUCUCGAACAAUCGAUGGUGUAAAUCUUGGCGAGGCAAGAGACGUACCAGUGAUUAGAGGGUUAAGAUCGGUCCUGUCCGAAUAUGACCGCUCUGCGCCACCAGUAAAGCCGCCUGUCCCCUUCGACCUGCCCAGGUUCCCAACUCUGAAGAGCACGAGGAAAGAUUUCGGCACAGAUGCUCAGAGGGACACAAAGGCGUUGCACAAGAAGAUCAAAGAUGACGAGAUCCAGCAAAUUCUCCAAGCCAGCGUGAAUAGCGACGCUCUUGGGACUCCGUUUGUUGAUGCAUUCAGAGAGAUGGAGAAGCGUGCUGCGCAUGGCUGUAACAUCUUGGAGAUCGAGGAUCUGCGAAUCGGUCAAUGGAUCUUCAUGUAUGUGGUCAUGCAGGCUUUGCCUAUGCUGGCGAUUGAUGCUCCCGGUCUCAAGUGGACGAAGGCAGUAGAAUACUUCCUUUGCGAGGCGCCACGAUCAGGAGUGCCAUGGGCAGAUCCCAAUGCUGCUGGAGCCGGCGCAGGUAGGAGAACGUGGUUCUCUGUUGGUGGUGCUGGUGGUGGUGUCGUUUCUCUACCUGCUGACCUCGUGGAACAUGGUGUGGAAGGUAUCUACCGUCGCAGUCACUGCUGGGUCAUGGCCGAAAGAUGGUGCGCUGCGAAUCCAAUCUUGUCGGACGCUCUGCACAUGCAACAAAGUACCGGCGGCGCCGAUCAGAAUGAUCCUGGACUGCCUGCCCCACCUUCUGGUAACGACCUCUUGAGGCCAGACAGUCGGACCAGUAAUCGGAGCAGUAAACGGCUCUCCUCUCUAAGCCUGGGUCUAGAAGCAUUACCAUUGCCGCAAGGAGUCACUCCAGACGGCUCGGCGCCAAGUACGCUCGAGCGGCCAAGAACACCAGCCCAUUCGGUUGAUACAAGCAAGACGUUUGAUUCGAUCUUGGCGGACGUGAAUACUGGGAAGGGUAGGAAGAAGAAAUGACCUGGUGUUUCAUGGGGAUUGCUUGAACACUGGCUGAGGCUUGGGUACGCCCGUGAUCUUGGAUUGCGCGAUAUUACGACCAAGUGCCUUGAUUACCAGAAAACGGCUUGGAACGUGUUUGUGUAUGGACUUCUAGCCAUUUUAUCGCAUAGAACUGAAGAUCGCGGGAGGUGUCCAUUUUGGCACCGAGGCAGGAUUUGGCUUGGACCCUCGUAAUGCAUGCAGGGAUAGUGCUGGCAGCUCGGAUUGCAUUUAUUACAUCAAAUAUGGCACCUCUUUCACAUGG